AUGGGUUCUCAUCCAGACGCAGACUUGCAUCCUGUCGCCACGGGGCCGGCCAAGGCCAUUGUGGACGCUCACCAAGCUGAUCAGCCCCUCAAAUUGUACUCGGGAUGGUUGUAAGUCAAACACCUGGCUCGACACCACACGUACUCUCGCGCUAACUAGUGAAUGUAGUUGUCCCUUCGUCCAGCGCGCCUGGACCGUUCUCGAGGAAAAGAAGAUUCCAUACCAAUACAUCGAAGUCAAUCCAUACAACAAGCCCGAGAGUUUGAUCAGCUUGAAUCCGAGAGGUAACCAAAAAGAACGUUUUUUUCUUGUAGACUACUACUGACGACCGAACCUCGAAAGGUCUGGUACCGACAUUACAAUACGAGAACAAACCUCUGUUUGAAAGUACGGUCAUAUGCGAGUUUCUCGAAGAAGCCUAUCCAGAUCAUGGACCGCAUCUGCUGCCCAAGGAUCCGUAUGAUCGAGCGAGGACAAGGUAUGUUCGCCCCCUUCUACUCUCUCAACCAUUCAGUUCAGAAACACUAAUUUAUCAAAUUCGGUGGGAUGAAGAAUCUGGACGGAUUUCUGUACUUCGAGAAUCAUCCCCGCUUUCCAUCGCUUCUUGCAAUUCCAACCCGUGAGCGAUAAGAAAGGUCUCGAGGGAACUCGACAGGAAUUCCUCGCGAAAUUGAAAGAACUCACAAAGGAAAUGGAUAACAAGGGGCCGUUCUUUUUCGGAGCGGAACCGUCUCUUAUUGAUUUCGUUGUGGCUCCUUGGAUCGUACGUCUCUUUCUGCUCCCCCAAGUCCCCUUUGCUUACGUGGAUACUCAUGUUGGAACAGAUGCGCCUCUGGGUCUUCGAUCACUAUAAGCAAGGACUCGACAUGCCUGCCCCGGGCCAAGGAGGCGAGGACGAAAAUACCUGGGCAAGGUUGAGGACGUGGAUGAAGGCAUUGGAGCAGAGACCCAGUAUUAGGGAUACGACGUCGGAGAAGGAAAAUUAUCUGCCGAUUUACCAGCGGUAUGCGGAUGAUCGGGCGCAGAGUGAGUUGGCGAAGGCCACGAGGACGGGGAGGGGGGUUCCGUGA